AUGUCAGUUAACAAAGUGUAUGAAGAAGAGAAUUUAUCUUCCAAUAUUGAUAAAGUUUCUGAAGUUGAAAAUGAAGAAUAUGAAUUAAAAAAUGAUGAUAGUGUGAUUAUAACACCAAACGAAUUAAAACAGUUAGAUAAAAUAUAUCGUAAAUUGGAUUUUAGACUUAUGCCUGCUUUAUGGUGUAUGUAUUUUCUUACAUCUUUUGGUUCAAAUUGUUAUGGAUUAACUUUAACUAUGAAUAUGCAACAAAAUCAUUCAUUAACUCAAGUUUUAAAUUUAAAUCCUCAUCAUACUUCAACUGCUUCUGCUUUAUAUUAUGUUGGUUAUAUUAUAUUUGACGUUCCAAUGAAUUUAAUAAUGACUAAAGUAAGUCCACAAUCCUGGUUAAGUAGAAUUGUGAUUACUGUUGGUUUAGUAUAUACUUGUUAUUCAACUUUAAAAAAUGCUGGUGGUGUAAUUGCAAUUAGAUUUAUUAGUGGUAUGGUUGGAGCUGGAACUUGGCCUGGUUUAAGUUAUUAUGUUAGUUUAUGGUAUCCUAAUGAUAGAUCAACAAGAAGAAUAGGAUAUUAUUAUACAGCUGCACAAAUUUCAGCAGCUGUUGCAGGUUUAGUAAGUGCUGGAUUUCAAAAAAUGGAUGGAAUUAGAGGUUAUACUGGUUGGCAAUGGAUGUAUUUAGUUUAUGGAAGUAUUACAAUUUUUGUUGGAAUUAUAUUAUUAUGGUGGUUACCAGAUAGACCAUUCAAAUCUAGUGAAGAUAAUUCAAAAAACAAAAUAAUGACAAUUUAUAAUAAAAUAUUUACAACUCCACAUCCAUUAAAUGAAUCAGAUAGAGAAUUACAUCGUAAAGAUUUAGAACAUAGAUAUAAAUUAAUUAAAUGGACUUGGAAAGAUGUUGUACAAAUAAUUACAGAUUUAAGAAUAUGGCCAAUUAUAAUCAUGUAUUUUGGUGUCGUUGGUACUGGGUUUGGUUUAGCUGUUUUUGGUUCAACUAUUAUAUAUGCAAAUAAUCCAAGUUUAACUUCAAUUCAAGUAAGUUUAUUGUAUGCACCAAUUUGGUUAUUUGAUCUUGGUGGAAUUUUAUUAAUUACACCAUUUGCUGAUAAAUUUAAAAAAUUUAGACCUUUAAUUUUCAGUUUUGCUUGUUUAAUUAUUAUUUGUGGUUUAUUUGUAACUACAUUUGCUCAUGGUUCAUGGAAAAGAUAUGGUGGAUUAUUAAUUGCUGGAUUUGGUUUAGGUCCAACUGUUCCUAUUUGUAUGUCAUGGUCAGCUGAAAUUUUUUUUAAAAAAUAUGGAGAUGUCGGAACAGCUGUAAGUAGUGCUUUAGUUAGUGGAUUAGGUAAUUUGGGUUCAGUAACUUCAACUUAUGCAUUAUAUAAUGGUUGGCCAAGUGAUAAAGCAAGAUUAUAUAGAAAUUCAAAUAUGAUUUUAGUUUUAAUGUUGGGAAUUAGUAUAAUUGCAUCGGGAGUUUGCCAUUUGAUUAAAGAUAAAAUUAGACAAUAA